AGCUCGCACUGUUUUUGCGAAGGAUAGCAUUUCUCUCUCGGUUUUGGUAUUACUGAGCCUCGCCUGAGCUGCCUCGCUCCGUUCAAGGCCUUCCCAACCUCUUCUUCGCACAGGCAACAGCUGGCAGUGGUGCUUUGUGCAUGGAUCUCGAGAUCCCGAUGCAGGGCGAGGCGGCCCAGGAGAGCACGAAGGCCUCGUCGGUCGUCGAGAGGGGCAGCAGCAAGAGGGGGAGCUUGUGGUCAUCUUCACACCACAAGCCAGAGGAGCAGCAGCGGCCGGCUGGUCUGGGGAGCUGCCUGGAGUGCUUUGGUGGUUUGGUCAAGAGCGUCAGGCCGGAGUGCUGCUGGUCACGCAGCUUUGCUGAAGUCGACCGUAAGCACAACCACACACAAACACACGGUAGCAAACACAACACGACACACAUGGAAGAGUGUGUGUCUGUCGUGUGUCUGUCCAUCAGCUCCUGUGCGGGAGUUUCAGCCGACAUUUUGGGACGCGGUGAGUCAGCUGGGCCUCGCAUGGCGGCUGUACAAGUUCAUCCGGCACGAGAAGAGAGACGGCCUCCUGCCGUGGAUCGACCCGUUCGCUCCCAAGAAGCCGCACACCAACCACGGUGAAAGCAAGGGGCGAGGCAAGGGGUGCAGUGCACGUGUGUGAGCGGCCCGCCCUUGUUGGUGGACGGAUGUAUCUGGUCUGGUCUGGUGCGUGUUGCGGUGCAAUGUGGUUAGGUGUGCCAUGUGGUGGGCUCGGGUGCGGCUCUAUCGGUAGGUGACUGAUAACGAGGUGGUGGAGGGAGGGAUGGCUGCCAUUCUCACUCUCCCAUCUGUGUCAUGUUGGUGCUUGUGUCUGCUCUGCAGGGCGGGGAUACCGCGGCGCUUUCAACCGCUUUUGUUUGCGGCCCGGGCGAGUGGAGGAGGUCGAACCCAUCGCCAACCAAUUCUCGGUGAUUGAUGCCGCUGGCACACAAGCGAGAAGAGCAGCGGCACUGUGCCUGUCCUGUUCUGUCUGGUCGUUCGCUGAUCAGGUCCGUGUGUGUCUGAAGGAGAGCCAUCGGAGAGCGGCUGGCGUGCUCAACCCUGAUUUCCGGGCCGGUGAAGCGCAGGAUGCGGCCUGCUGCUCAUGCAGGUAGGUACCUACCAACACUGCACUGCACGUGACCAACCAACAGCGUCCCGCCAUGGCAAAAGAUGCACCGAGUGUCCCCCUGCUGUCUGUCUGUCUGUCUGUGUCCUGCAGGCAACGGUCGAUGUCCCGUUCGAUAAGCAAUCCCGACGACAUCGACCACCACCAGAGCCCCUUUCUCUCCUCUUCACCCCCUACGGCACCCUCCUCCAACAGCAACCACCACCACCAGCAGCAGCAGCGGUCUGCCGUUGAGCCGUUGUCGUCAUGGGUGCCCUGGCACGAGGCGGGUGUCACGCGCAAGGGGCGGAGAGAGAAGGGCGGUCAGCAGCGCGACAGCCGUGGCCAUGAGCAGCAGCUGGCGAGCGAUGCUCUGGCAAACACGUAAGCUGCGAGGGAAAGGGAUGGAGGUGUGUACGAGACUGUGUCUUGCUUUGGUUGCAGUCAGUACCACGGCCGUUUCCCGAGGAGCUGGACGGAGUACUCAGACGUAUUCGGUGAGCGAGACGAGACCCAGACACGGCUUCUCUUCUCCACGAUCAUUUGUUCAUGUCGUCUUGUGCUGUGUGUCAGGUUUGGGUGUCCAUUUAGUGUGCAAGCAGGUGUCGCCCUUCAUCCCUCACCAGUACGUCGACAGCUGCCUGCCCGUCUCAUGCUUCCAAUGGCUCAUACACAACGCAAACGACGAACCCGCAGAGGCAGGCGCAAACCACACCACAUCACACUGCACUGCACCACAGAGCUUCCUAUCCUAUGCCCCCACUCCACUGCUGUGUUCUUCUGUGUGUUGCUUGUAGGUGUCCCUGAUGUUCACCUGGCAGAAUGAGGUCCGCGACGAUGACGGCGUGCGUGGCGGCCACUGCCACAGGCCAUUCGAGGGCCCCCAAGUCAGCAGCGGCGUGCUGCUGCACCACUCGCUCCCCCCAGACAAGACCGCCCAGCGCGACGGCGCCGUCACCCUCACCGAGUCGGCCGCAGACCCCCUGACCUUCGGCAUUGCCGUCAGGAGCGACGAUGGCGUCGAGGGCUCAUGCUGCCCGGUCUUCGACUGCAACGGCACCGGCAACGACAUAUGGCGGCCGUUCUCCCGCUCUGGGCGGCUGCAGGCGCAGCCCGGCGACAUCAAUCCGGAGGUCAACCUGCCCGUCUCGAGGGAGGGGGAGAGGUGGGGGGCGGGGGUGUGCGGUAAGGUCACGGUGCCGCCGCGCUCCUCCAGACGUGUGACGUUCGCUCUGUCGUGGGAUAUGCCCGUCGCCCGGUUCCCCCUGGGCCAUCCGUGGCGACGGCGGUACUCGACGCUGUUUUAUGAGGGUGAGGACUUCGUCAACGGCGGAGUGUUUGACCCGUUUCCUGGCGAGGAGAGGGGCGGGCUGUCGACCUGCAAUGUUGCCGCACAGCUGUGCGAGUAUGCCAUGCGCAAGGUGAGCAAACAGGGAGGGCGGGAGGCGGACAGGGAAGGGACAGGGCGGGGAGGUUGUGAGUUUGCCGAUGCGAUGAGUAUGUUGUGUACGUGCUGGUGUGUUCAGAUGGAGCAUUGGGAGAGUGAGAUUGAGGCGUGGCAGCGGCCGGUGCUCGACGAUGCCACACUGCCACAAUGGUUGGCGCCUGUAGCAAGCAACAGAUACACACGGAGAGAGAGGUGAGUUGUCUUGGUGCUUGUCUUGUGUGUGUUCACUCACUCACCCAGGUACAAGUCGGCUCUCUUCAACGAGCUGUACUUCCUGGUGGAGGCGGGGACGCUGUGGACGAACGGCAAGCCAUGGAAGAACAACGUCAAACAGCCCAUACAGCCAUGGUAGGUAACACACACAACACAUUACAACACAUCGCCCACACACGAAUGGCUGGCCCCUACUCGAUUGAUUGUACCAUACCAUCCUGCCUUUCGCUCUCUCUCUCUGUCACCAGGUGGCAGCCCCUGGCCGCACAGGCUCUCUCAGCCCCGCUCUCCGUCCCCUCCCACCUGGCGUCGUCCAUCAAGCGCCGCGCCAGGUGGCCCCUCUUCGCCGCAUGGACCACCAAAGCGCGCGACCCACGCCUCAGCCUCUACACCCCGCCCACAUCCACCGCUCCGCCCUCCUCCUCCGUCACGCCAGCCUCGCCCCUCUCCAGCCAGAAUUCUUCCCCCGUCUUGGCGCCGUUUGUGGUGUGCGAUAACGGAGGGCUGCAGCAGAAGGUGCGGACGGCGUGUGUGGUGCCGACCCUGGCUGAUGCGGAGGGGUGCGAGCAGGCUCACCUGAUGUCCCUGAGGAGGGGAAACGGGACGAUUGCCAAUGUUGGCGGCGGGUCGGAUGGCGACAGCGACGUGCACUUGUGCGACAUUGGCGACGAGAAGAGCGCGGAGCCGUUUGGUCAUUUCCUGUACCUGGAGGGGCUGGAGUACCUCAUGUACAACACAUAUGACGUGCACUUCUACGCAUCCUGGGCACUGGUGGGUCAAUGGGCGGGAGGGAGGGAGGUUCACUCAGGGGGAACAAGACAACCACAGCCACAGCAAGCAGAUCUUUUCCUCCUAGAUCUUUUCCUCCUGUCUGUCUACCUGUGUGUGUGUGUGUGUGUCGUCAGCUGGCGCUGUUUCCCCAUCUGGAGCUCAGCCUGCAGCGGGACUUCGCCAGAGUAAGCCGCACACCCAUGUCCAUGCGCCCAGCGACAACAGACAUAGACAAGUACAUUCAUCUGUGUGUGCGUCAGGCCGUCCUUCGCGAGGACGAGGAGGAGCGCACAUACGUCUACCAAAUGAACCACCGGGGCAAGCGGAAAGAACAAGGUCAGCGAGCGAAGCGAAGCGGGCCAUACAGAUAGUCAAACAAACCACACUGACCGAAUUGUCUCUCAUGACGGACGUCAGGCUGUGUUCCGCACGACAUGGGUGGCCCGGGCGAGGCGCCCCUCGUGAUGCCCAACUGCUACAACCUCCACCACACAGGCAACCAACCGACGCACAGACAGACAGACACACACCCACACGCCCACAUGAUGCGGUCUCGUUGUUCGUUUGUGUGCAGACGACUGGAAGGACCUGCCGUGCAAGUUCCUGCUGCAGGUGUGGCGUGACUACCACGUCACGCGGGACGCCUCCUUCCUCCAGUUCUGCUGGCCCGCCAUCGAGCUCUGCCUCAAGCGCACACUGCGGUUCGUCGACGCCAGCCACGGCCUUAUUGUGCACGGCGGCUGGCCCGACCACACCUAUGACGCAUGGAGCGUCGAUGGGGUGAGUGGGCGAGCAAUGGGAAGGUUCCUUUGUCUGAUGUUCUUGACCCGUGUGUGUGUGUGUGUGUGUGUGUUUGUGUGUGUAGUUUUCGGCUUACACAGGAGGAUUGUGGGUAGCGGCGCUUCACGCGUAUCUGGCGAUGGUGCCUGUGGUUGAGGCGAUUGGCGGGGUGGACAUCACCCUGGAGGUGGACGAGAUCAGGGAGCUGCAGAAGAGGGCCGAGGCCUGCUGGGAGGUGCGCAUGGAAGACUGGGAGAAAGGGAGAACACAGCACAGCAGUAGUGCUCUCCCUCCCACGUGGCUGCCUGUCGUGUGCGUGUGUGGUGUGUAGGACCUGCUUUGGGACCCCGACAAGCAGUAUUUCCUCUACGACAACAUCGGUAUGUCAAACGCACUUCUUCAGCCAGCGGCACACAACGAUCGUUGUAUGCAACGAUCGUUGUAUGGCCUCUUUGUCCACUGCCUGCAGACAACAACAGCGUCCACUCCGACCAGCUGGCGGGGAUCUGGUACUCGCGCGCCACGGGCCUCCCAUACGCCGUCAACGACGACAAAGUCACCGCCGCCCUCAAGGUCACCACGACACACACACCACAAGCCAAAAAGACACCAUAUCGCGGACACUACUGACCCAUCCCUCGUUGUGCGUUCUUUCAGACGGUGUAUGAGGCCAACGUGGGCGGCUUCCAGAACGGCCGAUGGGGUGCGGUCAACGGGAUGCACCCAAACCUCAAGUCGAUCGACAACUCGUGCAUCCAGUCGAGGGAGGUGUGGACGGGCGUGACGUACGCCUUGGCGGCCACCAUGCUGCAGUCGGGGCUGGACACCGAGGCCUUCGUGACGGCGGGCGGCAUCUGGCAGGCCUGCUGGCGGGAUCUGGGGUUCUGGUACCAGACGCCGGAGGCAUUUGACGUCCAUGGCAGGUCAGUGGGGGGACCGGCAAACACACAGAAGGCAUCUUCUCAUCCAUCUCUCCAUGUGUGCCUCGUUCUGGUCAGGUUUCGUUCUCUGGCGUACAUGCGUCCCCUAGCCAUAUGGGCCAUGCAAUACGAGAUCGACCAGCGCAAGAACACCCAGCCCAUGAACAUCAGUCUGCCCGCAGUCUCCCGCCACCUUACCCCACUCGACGCACUCAUCCCCGACCCUUCGCCCGCGCCAUCGCCCACGUCAUCUCCCGACAACCGACAGAUCGAGCUCGUCCCCACACACAGGACGCCACUCCCACCCCUCCUCAGCGACGAGAGGAGGGAGAGGGAGAGGGAGAGAGAGGACAGCGAUGGUCUGAUGCUGCCGUCGCUGGUGGGUCGCGCAGCGAGUAUGGGGAGCGAGGACGCAGCUGCGGCUGGUGCUGGGGAUUGGUGCGUGAAGGUGAACGGCGGUGGGUCGUCGUCCUGCCGUGACGAGAGCAAUCGGACGAACAGAGGCUUCUCCCCGGCCAUCAGCUCAUCCUCAUUCUCGCCGGCAAUGGGGACGUCCCCGUUGCCGAGACGGCGGUCGGAGGCAUCAUGCGAGAAGGGGGCGUAGGGACGGAGGGAGGAUGAGUGUGUGGGGGGGGGUGGUAUUGCUUUGUUUUGUUCUGUUUUGUUGAUGGUGUUGCGUGUGAUGGAUUGGGCGUGUCGCCACUCGUUGCGGAUGGACACAAGAUGGUGCUCAUCCGCUGUGCCCAGCGGAUGGUAUGUUCCAUCAUGUAUUCAUGUGCAACGGCUGGACCGACCAGUGCACCACACGCACACGUGACGAAGACAGAUGAGAUGCUAUGGCCUCCGAUGGAGAGGGGACGAUUCCUUGGUCCAUGUUUUUGAAUUCGCUGUGGUGCGCUUUUGUUUCCGAUGCGUUUGUUGUCCGGGAGGCCGAUCAGCGAGUCUCUCAGUUGGGUCGGUCUCUCUCUCUCAGUGGCUUCUCCUGUGUGUGCGUCGGUGUGUGUCGUGUACAGGGAGAGUUCAUCUGGCUAGUGCUUUAUUGCGUCGUUGGUCU